CUGCAUUAGCCCUUUGAUCAUACAGCUUUUUUCCUUUCUAGUUCAGAAGUCUCACAUACGCAGUGCUUCAAACCUACAAUUUCGCGGUCUCGAUGCGAGUGUGAAAGCGGAUAUAAGCCUAACGCAGAUCUACUCCAUGCAUCAUUUCAAACAAAGCGUCUACGCUCUGGUUCAAAAUUACUGCUUUUUCCUGCAAAGCGAAGGAUCAGUUCUCCAGACUAUGAGGAAACAGUUCACCAAGCAGGCCUAUACGGAGUUGUCCCACAAACGAGGGACUUGUGUUCGCCAGAUAAAAUAUGGAUCUGUAGAGGUGUCGAGCAGAAGCGUAACAUACCUAUUUGUGUACAUUCUGAACUCCUUUUGCUGCACUUCGAUCCCACAUCAUGUAUUUGAUUUCUAUUGCUAUGCAGCUGGCCGGAGUGGGUAGUGAUAAAUGCAUCAGUUAUACUUGAUUUCGAUAAGCACGAUCGAUUCGGGGUUAUUGAAGUCUCUGACUGAGCGAAAUCUGCUUCAGUAUUACAUGGUCACAUGAAACCCUAGUGAAAGGAUCUAGGGCUUUGGAAUUAAAUCGUGGAUAGGACUUGGUGUAAAUAUAUUGCAUAUUUGUGAGCUUGGCAUACUUGGAAGUUUCACUUAGUGAAGACCUUCACAUUGAU